AUGGGUGCGUACUCGCCUCCCACUCGCUGCCCACAGCAGACGGGCACCAUGAGCGAAGACGCCUGCGAGCUCCUUUUCUCACCACCCUUCGAUUGGAUUCACGCUGACUUCGAGACCGAUGACAGGCCAAACAGCGCGACGCCCCAGGGUCCCUCACAUGCGUCACCCGCCCAGGGUCCGGGACCAGUACUCCCUCCACCAUCUGGUGGCGGCUACUACUCGUCAAACGCCGCGACAGCCCACAACCAGAACCUCCCCACACUUCCCGGGCUGACGGCGCAACCUCAGCACUCGUCGCCCCACAUGUCCGCCCAGCGACCGCCAUCGUCAGACGCGGGCGCGCAAGCUCACCAAGGCCCGCAGGCCCCUCCGUACUCACUACCCGGCAUCUCGCAAACCCUACAACAGCAGCAGCAGCACAUGCCGACUUCGGAGCAAGCCAACGCCGACAGAGAGCGCGAGAUGCGCGAUCGCGAAAACAGAGACAGAGAGAUGGAGUCGCAUGCCAUGCACCAGCAAGAAGACAUCGUCAAGCGCGAGGCAGAGCAGCGGGACCGCGACCUGCAUGAGCGACAGCAGCGCGAGCACGCUGCGCACCAGAACCACUCAGGGCCGAUCCAAAUACACCAGCCAGUGGCAGUCGCACCCUCGACGCGAACCAUCCACGGUCCCAACGGUCUGCUUGGCCAAUCUGGACCCAUGAACGGGCCAAACCCACUUGCGCCACCCAUGGGUGGCCCCAACUCAGGCCCCAUGUAUGGAAAUGCGCCCGCACAGCAUGAGCAGACUACACCGCGCAUGCAACACGCUGUACAGGCACCUACCCAGGCCCAGAUGUUGAUGCCUUUUGCUGGCCCUCCAGGAUCCAUGGCUAUGGGCCAGGGACAGCAGCCCAUCCUCAACGACGCCCUGAGCUAUCUCGACCAGGUCAAAGUCCAGUUCGCCGACCACCCCGACGUGUACAACCGGUUUCUCGACAUCAUGAAGGAUUUCAAGAGCGGUGCUAUCGACACCCCAGGCGUCAUUGAGAGGGUAUCGACACUGUUUGCGGGCAAUCCGGCCUUGAUCCAAGGUUUCAACACCUUUCUGCCACCCGGCUACAAGAUCGAGUGUGGCACCAACGGCGACCCAAACGCUAUCAGAGUCACCACGCCCAUGGGAACCAUGGUAUCGACUAUGCCCGCUCCAAGGCCGCUUUCACCGCCACGCAGCGGUGCUGUCAAUGGCAACAACGGCCCGCAACACGAGAGCACAUACUACGAGACUGCCCAAGGACGCCCAUGGCCUCAACAACAGAGAGCUCAAGGUCCUGAGGGACAAGAAUCGAUGUUUUCACCCAAUAACCGUACUCUAGGAGGGCCAUUGUACGGUCCCCAAGGACAGCAGGGCCCAGCUCCUCACUCGCCAGAGGUCACAUCGCGUCCUCAUCCUGACCCUGCUGGAGCUGCAGCGCUAGCUCACCAACAAGAGCAGAGAGGCGUUUCGCAGUUACAAAACGCAGUAUCUGCAGCUACUGGCCGCUCAAUGAUGUCACCCAGCGUUGAUCCGGGUGCCUCGUUACAAGGACAGGCUAUGAACGGUGCUGCUCAGCUUCCACAGAUGGGCGGGGCUGCAGCAGAGAAGAGAGGGCCAGUAGAGUUCAACCACGCGAUUAGCUACGUGAACAAGAUCAAGAACCGAUUCGCAGCUCACCCAGACAUUUACAAAAACUUCCUGGAGAUACUACAGACGUACCAGAGAGAGUCGAAGCCCAUUCAGGACGUCUACGCCCAAGUCACCCACCUGUUUGGUGGUGCGCCAGAUCUCCUGGAAGAUUUCAAGCAGUUCCUUCCGGAGUCCGCUGCUCAACACAGAGCGCAACAGCAGGCCGCCAAGAACGCGGCUGAAGACGCAGUCAUGCUCAGCAAUGUUCGAGGUGAAUCAGGAUACGGUGCCGCUGCAAACCAACAAACGCCCGGACGCGCCGAUACAUCUCGAUUGCCUCCGAUGGGCAACUUCGCACCUACACCUACAGCGAACCGCGACAACAAGAGGAAGCGCGAGCGACAAGGCCCUGUGGCUGCACCGAUGCCCGCGCCCAUGUCGCAAGAAAUGCCAACCUCAAACGUUCGAGGAGGAUACAACCAGGGCAAUGUCAACAAGCGCGCAAAGACCGGACAUGGCGCAAAGCAGGCAAUUCCCGAUGGACCACCGGUAUCACCCACUCUGACUCCUGCGCUACCUGAGCCAAUGCCACCGACGACGACCACAACACCCAGCCAGGAUGAGCUUGCUUUCUUUGACCGCGUCAAGAAGUUCAUUGGAAACAAAAACACAAUGAACGAGUUCUUGAAGCUCUGCAACCUCUACUCGCAAGACUUGAUCGACAAGCAGUUACUACUGUCUCGCGCCGGUUCUUUCAUCGGCGGGAAUCAGGAACUCUAUGCUUGGUUCAAGAAGUUCAUGGGCGAGGACGAAGAGCAGCAAAAGUACCGCCCCAAAACUGUCAACUCGCGUGUCUCAUUAUCGAACUGCCGCAGUCUUGGUCCUAGCUAUCGCUUGCUCCCAAGGCGCGAACGAGAACGCGUGUGUAGUGGACGCGACGAGCUCUGCAGAUCUGUUCUGAACGACGAGUGGGCAUCUCACCCGACCUGGGCCUCCGAGGAUUCUGGUUUCGUUGCCCAUCGCAAGAACACUUUCGAGGAGGGCUUGCACAGAAUCGAGGAAGAGCGCCACGACUACGACUUCAACAUCGAGGCCUGCAGCCGCACGAUCCAACAGCUGGAGCCUAUCGCCAACCAGCUGCUCACGAUGAAGCCGGAGGACAGACAGGGAUUCACAUUGCCGCCUGGACUUGGUGGACAGAGUGAGACGAUCUACAAACGUGUCAUUAUGAAGAUCUAUGGCCGUGACAGGGGAAAGGACGUGAUUAAGGAACUGUUCCAAAUGCCCUGGAGCGUCGUUCCCGUACUCCUCCACCGCUUGAAGACCAAACUCGAGGAUUGGAAGGCCGCCCAGCGUGAAUGGGAGAAGGUCUGGCGCGAUCAGACCCAAAAGAUCUUCUGGAAAUCGCUGGAUCACCAGAGCAUCACCGUCAAGCAGGCCGACAAGCGACAGUUCCAGCCCAAAUCCCUUACGAACGAGAUCCAGGUCAGAUACGAAGAGCAGAAGCGCCUCCAGCAGAUCCAAGAGAUAUCGCAGCCGGACUACCAGUUUGCCUUUUCCUUCCGGGAUGAAGAGGUACUCUUCGACGUGGCUCGGCUAAUGCUUACGUUUGCGGAUAACAACAACAGUGCCGACUUUGCAAAGGUCGUACCUUUUAUCAAGGAAUUCGUUCCUCUCUUCUUUGGUAUCGAUUCUGCCAAGUUCGAGCAGCGGGUACAAACCUCGCCACGUGAUACGCCAAACGAUUCUGGCGAGGACACGCCCUCUCCAGACGAUGAUGUUUCCCAACGCUCGCAGAAAUUGAAGAAGGGGGACCUCCGUCGCAAUGUUCUCGACCCCAACAACAAAUCACGAAAGGACAAGGAAGACAGUGUUGCGUCGGCGAGCCGAGACAGUACUCCGGACGCAUCCGCUAUGGACGAGGAAGCUGCUGCUGACAGUUCAAACUCCAAUCCUCGCGCAGAUCGGCCAGAGAGGCAAUGGGUAGAAUAUACCGAUGCUCCCACGCCUUUCGGCGACCGAGAGUUCGAACACGAAGAACCCUACCAACGAGUAGAGUACAACAUGUACUCCAACGCUUCGAUUUACUGCUUCUUCCGCAUGUUCGUCAUGCUCUACGAGAGGCUGUUGAAGCUCAAGGAUAGCGAAGAGGAGGUACGAGAAGUCAUUGCGCGCGCCAAGGAGCCAAAGGCAGCGCAGAAGCUCAAGAUGCUCGACAAGCAGCCCGACGACUUUUUCAAGGACACAUCGCCAUCAGCGAACUACUACCAACAGCUUCUCGAAAUGUUCCAAGAUCAAAUCUCUGGCGAAGUCGAGAUGAACUUUAUCGAGGAGACCUUACGAAGGUACUAUUUGCAGAUUGGGUGGCAGUUGUACUCCUUCGACAGGCUCCUGAGCUCGCUUGUUCGCUUCGCUCUUGCUGUCGUCAGUCAUGAUAACAAGGAUAAGAGCCUUGAUAUCUACAACCUCUUCAGGAAGGAUCGUGUCAACGAUACCACGACCCACAAGAACGAGAUCAGCUAUCGCAAGGCUGUGGAGAAGCUCGCCAAGGACGCUGACACCUACCGCAUCACCUACAACCCCGCCAAGAUGUGGGCGCACGUGCGGCUUUUCAAGAAGGACGACCCGACCUUCGAUUUCACCACGCUCGACCGGAUUAAGCGCUGGCGAGCAUACGUCGCCUCGUACAUGGCCGUGGAACCCACCGAAGAAGUCGACCUGUCCCGCGUCAACUACCCGUACCUCAAGAAGCGUCUCGCUCGAGCCGAAGAUCUCACCGAGGAAGAACGCUUCGACCACGUCAAGCACAGCGACAAGAUCACCGUGUCCAUCAGCCCCGCCGCUUACAUCAUGACCUUUAUCAAUAGCGAACCUUUCGGCACAGGUGGUGUUCAAUACUUCCUGCAACCAGACGCCGUGCGCGCGGGUCUCAGCGAGGCCGUCCCCAACCCAGCUGAAGAGUACAAGAAGCUCAACGACGAGCGGAGAGAGAGGGUCCAAGAUAUUCUCGUCAGGAACAACACCUGGAUGAAGGAUCUUAGCCGGGACGAUGUAGACGCGAAGAAGGCGGCUUUCAAGAAGGAUCUCGAAGAGCCCAGGAAGGUGGCUGAUAAUGAAGAUGUGGACAUGGACGGCGCAGAUGGUCUCGACUAA